AUGGACUCCCAGAUCGAGAAGGCCAUCGAGAUCGUAUGGAACCCAUCCGGUGACCAGUCUCUCAAGUCUCAGGCUUACAACUUCCUCAACCAAGUUCGCUCCGACCCCCAGGCCUGGCAUGUCUGCGUCAGUCUCUUCACCAGGACCCCGCGCCCCUCCGAGAUCGUGCGCCAUGUCUGCCUCGAGAUCCUCAGCAACAUUGUGCACACCCAGCUCUUGGACGGCCAGAGCCUCGUCUACCUGAGGGACGCCCUGCUUGCCUACGUGAGGGAGACCUACGCCACCAACGACCCCGACCUGGUCGACUCGUCCAACCUGCAGAACAAGCUUACCCAGACCCUGACGUACCUCUUUGUUGCCCUGUACGAACAGGCCUGGGCCUCCUUCUUUGACGAUUUCCUGGCCCUCACCGUCCUGCCUGGCAGCUCGAGCCGCAACAACACCAUCGGCGUCAUCCUGUACAUGCGCCUCCUGAGCAAUGUUCACGAUGAAAUCGCUGACCAGAUGGUCAUGCGCCAGGGCAACGAUGUUAAGGUCCACACCGGCCUGAAGGACCUGGUCAGGGCACGAGAUGUUGGCAAGAUCGCCCAGUCCUGGCAGGACCUCCUUGCCGAGUACUCCCACCAGAACGACCUUAUCGCAGAGACGACCUUGAAGGUCAUCGGGAAAUGGGUGAGCUGGACCGACAUCUCUCUGAUCAUCAACGAUGCCAUGAUGAGCCUCAUUUUCCCUCUGAUUGGCCGCGCCAGCCCUGAUGGUGGAGAUGACAAGGUUCGGGACGCUGCAGUCGAUGCCUUCACCGAGAUCGUGGGCAAAAAGAUGCGCCCCGCUGACAAGACCAACAUGAUCUCGUUUCUGAACCUCCGCGACAUCAUUUCUCAGCUCAUCGCCAGCCCCCCGCUGAACGAGUACAAGGGCACCACUCGCUAUGAUACAGACCUCGGUGAGGCCGUUGCCAAGCUGGUCAACACCGUUGUGGCCGAUCUCAUCCGCGUGCUCGAGGAUAAGACCACCGACGACGAGACGCGGACAAAGGCCAACCAGCAACUGCAGGACUUCCUCCCCCUGCUCCUCCGCUUCUUUUCGGACGAGUUUGAUGAGAUCUGCUCCACUGUGAUCCCAUCGCUGACGGAUAUCUUGACCUACUUCCGGAAGCUGCCCCAACUGCCCGGGCCGUUUGCCGAACUGCUCCCCCCUAUUCUGAACGCCAUCAUCAUGAAGAUGAGAUAUGAUGAAACAUCAUCCUGGGGCCACGAAGACGAGCAAACGGACGAGGCCGAGUUCCAGGAGCUCAGGAAACGCUUGCAGCUUCUGCAGAAGAGCGUGGCAGCCGUCGAUCAGAACCUCUACAUCGAAGUUCUCAGCAACCUCGUCGCCAACACGUUCCAGCGGCUAGACGAACACGGCUCGCAGAUGGACUGGAGGGACUUGGAUGUGGCCCUGCAUGAGAUGUACCUUUUUGGCGAGUUGGCCAUGCCUUCCCAAGGCAUGAGCUCCAAGAACCAGCCCCCGACCUCCGCUUCUGAGAGGCUCAUGGCUUUGAUGACCAAAAUGGUGCAAUCAGGCGUGGCUACCUUCCCUCACCCGGCCAUCAUUCUCCAGUACAUGGAAAUCUGCGUCCGUUAUUGCAGCUUCUUCGAGACGGACAACAACUCGUCGCUUAUAGCACAAGUGCUCGAGCACUUUGUCCGCUUUGUUCACCAUGAUCAUGUCCGCAUACGCAGCCGCUCAUGGUAUCUGUUCCACCGGUUCGUGAAGCAUCUUCGGGCUCAUGUCGGCAAUGUCGCGGAAACCAUCAUCCACUCUAUCGGCGAUUUGCUUCCGAUCAAAGCUGAGGUCCCAGGCGACGAUGCUGACGACGACAUGUCAUCCGAUCAAACCGACAACUCGGCCGACGCCCUCUUCACGAGCCAGUUGUAUCUGUUCGAGGCCAUUGGCUGCAUCUCGUCGACCUCCAGUACGCCGCCGGACAAGCAAGCACUGUACGCGCGAUCUGUUAUGGACCCAUUGUUCACGGAUAUGGAGCAGCACCUUCCGCGUGCGAAGGCCGGAGACGCGCAGGCAAUCCUCCAGAUUCACCACAUCAUUAUGGCGUUGGGCACCUUGGCACACGGGUUUUCGGACUGGACUCCUGGCUCGCAAUCCGCGAAGCAGCGUCCCCCACCCGAGAAAGUCUUGUCUGACGAGUUUGCACGGGCCGCGGAGGCUAUACUGAUCGCUCUAGGCCAGCUGAACGGUUCUCCUGACAUUCGUGCCGCCAGCAGGUCUGCGUUCUCUCGACUGCUGGGAGUACUCGGGGCGGCAGUCUUGCCACAGCUACCACAGUGGAUCGAGGGUCUCCUAUCACAAGGCUCUUCGAAGGAUGAGAUGGCCAUGUUUCUACGUCUCUUGGAUCAGGUAGUCUACGGUUUCAAGGCAGAAAUCUACGAUGUUCUGAACCUUCUGUUGACUCCUCUGCUACAGCGAGUCUUUGGCGGCUUGUCUGAGCCCAUGGACGGCACUGAUGACGAGAUCCAACUUGCCGAACUGCGACGCGAAUAUCUGAGUUUCCUUGGCGCUAUUCUCAGUAAUGACCUGGGCGGCGUGCUUGUCUCCGAGGCCAACCAGGGCUUCUUCGACUCCCUGAUCAGUUCCAUUCUGAACUUGGCGAGGGAUAUAAGUUCCGGAAACCUGGCAGCGAGCCGCCUCGCUUUCGGGCUCCUUGCGAAAAUGGCAGCUGUCUGGGGAGGCCCGGAUGUCGCGAACAUAGCAGCAUCUCCUUCUGCACCUUCGGGGUCGCCGUCGCCAGCCAUCCCCGGGUUUGACCAAUUCCUGCUCGAUCGGUUCCAUUCCUUGUGCUGGGAGGUCAUGCGGGACCCGCAGUUCAGACCGGCGCAAGAUGCUCAAACUAAGCAGGUGUUGACGGAAAUCGCCGGCUUGGAGCAGGCCAUCUACCUCAAAACCGGCGAAGUCUUCAUCCAACACCUGCAAUCUUCCCUCUUCCCGGGGUUGGGCAUUGACGGAAACGACUUCCUCAGGCCCAUGACUACUUCAACCGAUAGGAAGACUUUCUCCAGGUAUCUGCAGGAGCUGCAAAAAUCGUUCAGACAAUAG